AUGGACGGGUAUCCGACGGGAAGUCUGGACCAUAAUGUCCCCCUUCUAGUGGCUUCCGGUCUCAACAGCGACACGAACGAGCUACCGCUGAGCGCAGAACUCAAGGAACAGAGCAUCCUCCUCCGAUCAGAGAUACCGCCCAUCGAUGGCAAGAAUGCGGAGGCUCUGUCGCAGUACUUUAAAGAUGUCGAUGCAAGCGCAAAGUCGUGGAGCGCCUUCGAGAGAAGUGAACAGUAUAGGUUUCGGGCCAGGACUACUGGGAGGUCGUUUUUAUUACCGCCGCGCCGAGCUCGUCUUCCCGAAGGUAUCGAACCUCUUAGCGAACACCCGACACUGCAUUCGCCCUUUUCGCCUUUAAGUCCCAUAUCAACAUUAUAUCCCGAUGGUCUGAUCGACGCGCAAUGGAUCAAGAAGCACCAGGACCUUGUUCCUAGUGUAUACUUGUGCUUCUACUCACUCACGAGCGACCCGAAUUCUAUGACACUGCAAGACAACCACAUCAAGUCCGAUAUCAAUAACAUUAAGGGCGCUCUACUACGAUCAGGAUACAAGACCCGGCUAGCGAUAGUUUUGAUCGGAGACAACGAAAGCGAACCUCUCUCACUAGCUGAAGGUAUCCAGGAGAGGCUAGAGAGCAUACGGAGAGGAACAGCUUUGGACCCCAAGUCUGUCUUCUACGUUCCGUCGCAAGACUCGCAAAAUGAUCAGAAGCAAGUGUUCGACAACAUACUAGGGGUCCUGUACACAUCAGCUGUGGAAUACUACCGCGACUUGGGACGGCAUGCCAGGAAGAAGCGAUCUCGUGGCAUAGCACCCCAGCCAACUGUACCUCCUACAACUGGAACGUCCCAGACACUGUCACUAUCGGACUGGAAUUUCAGAUAUGACUUUAAGUCAGCGAUCCUUGCAGAAUUUCGACAAGAGACGGAUGCGGCCCUGCGGUUUUUCGAGCAAGCAUAUGAGGUGCUCCUUGGGCAGGACGUGCUGGACAUUAUUCCUAGUUGGAGCCCGCGCUGGAACGAGGCCCGACUUUUGGCGGAUGUUAUAGCGAUACGGUGUUUGAGAUGCCAUCUGUGGAUGGGACAGACCACACUGGCUGUGCGAAAAUGGCACUCCCAUCGAGAACGAAUCGCGGACUUUGUCGAUCGCCGCGGGCGGGGAACCAACAACUAUGGGUGGCAGGCUUGGGAGGCUCGAUGGGCUACAGUCAUGGCCAACCUGGUCGAAAGGGUAGGCAUACCAGCUUUGGCCCCAGCGGCAGGGGCAAUCUAUGUUCCCCAGGAUAAAUCUGUCUCGGGUGAGAGAGUUUCACCAUGGGAAUUGCUACAUCACACAGGCUACUGGUAUCGGAUAGCAGCACGUCACAUUGUCGCUCGUCGGAAACUGGCGCAUCAAAUACCGGAGGAUGAUAGACAUUCACCCGACACAUCACCCGCAUCCGCAGUCGCCAGCAAGGCCUUCGCAUACGACACGUACAUGUGCCCAGAGCCUUAUCAAGAACACCCGCUCUCUGGCAAAGGAGUGAACCAUGCGCAGUUGGUCAUUGAUUGCCUCCAGGCGGCCAGCGCACAGUUUCAAGCUCGUAAUCAAACAAGGCUCGCUACAGAGAUGUCCCUGGAGUGUGCGAGGGAGUUUGCCAACAUGGGACAAUGGGAUGGUGCGAUUCAAAUGCUACUGCCUUUCUGGGAGGACGUCGCAUUUCGAUCAGAAGGCUGGAUUAACAUAUCAGAGGACCUGUGCUUGACUAUGCGAAAGAUUGCUGCAGGAGCUCACCGUCCCGAUUUGGUGGUUGCUGCAGACUGGGAACUAAUGGGCAACCACUUCAUGCGGCAACCCCAGUGGCAUUAUGACAUUACCAGGUCGCUUGAAGGAAUCACUACGGAUGAAAAGCCCUCUAUCAUCUUGAGUGACGGAAAGUCUGGAUCGUUCGUUUCAGCAUCUUUCGUGUUUCGAAACAAAGAGGGGAAAGCUGGUGAGAGUUGCACCGCGCAACUUGCGAUAACCUCACAUACGUUUCGGGAUGCCGCCCCAAUCACCUUUAGCUCCCUGAAAGCCGAAUUUGACGGGAGCUUGAAACCGAUAUUACUUGAGCACGAGGCCUCGGAAGAGGAGGAAUCAUCGCCAGCAACAGGCUGUUCUAUCCUAACGUUGUCUUUGAAGGAAGAUUACGCUGAAGGGUCGGAGGAUGAGCUACCGACAUUGUUGAAGGGACAUUCUAAUCUAAGACUCAGACCUGGCCACACUCGGGUCUUUGAGAUGAACAUACCCCUGAGAGAGCCAGGUACUGCGACAGCCGCAGCUGUCACCCUUUCCCACACAAACGAUAGUUUCGAUCUCGAUUACAAAUUGAAGAUCCGCCCUACAGACCCUGUUGUUGGCUGGUACAUUCAGGGUUCAUCAAAGCCCAGAAGCACACGACCAGAAGCAGGUACCAUACAAAUUCAGCCUCGACCGCCCAAGAUGGAGAUUAAGCUCUUGGAGCCCCUCGCUCAAUACUAUGCAAACGAAGCAAUCGCUCUGCAAGUUGAGGUGAUCAAUGCGGAGGAGGAUUCUGCUACUGCCAAAUUGGACAUUCAUCUGUUCGGAAAGGAGGUGCCCGCAGUCCGAGUUGAGAUCGACGGGCAUGAAGGUAGCGCAGAAGCAUCAACGGAAGAAUCCAAGAUUUCAGGACUUACGCUAGGUGCGAUCAAGAGUACAGCGUCAGUCAAGCUAAUCCUGCAUAUUGAGCCCCCUUCGACUCCCACAACACUGGAUCUGCACCUGAGGACGUCUUAUCAUCUGGAUUCAGAUAUCGCGACACCGAUUAUGCAGAUGCUUACAGUCCAGCUCAACAUAGUAAAUGCAUUCGAAGCAAACUAUGAUUUGGUCCCACGCCUUCACCCAGGCCCCUGGCCGAGCCUUUUCGACUCCGAGGGGCUCGGAGAUACGGAGGAAGGUGUAGCCAGAGGCUUUGCGCAAAAGUGGUGCCUCCUAUGUCACUACGCAUCAUUUGCCCAGGAAGAUCUGAAGGUCGUUGGGAUGGACCUCAAGGUGGUGUCGUGUGUCGGUGGUGCACGAUGCAACGUGACUCAAGGACCCAAUGUAUCACAAGAAGGGGUAGUCGUUUCGCCCAAGACGAUGCAGGAUGCACAGUUCGAUCUUGUAGCCCAGAAGCUUACGAUGGAGGAUAGGCACCCUGUCACGCUCGAGUUGGCGUUUGUCAUCCGAUGGCAGCGCCAGGACCGCAGCGAUGGACCAGUUAACACGACAACUAUGCCGGUCGGCAAAUACCUUGUACUAGGUACAGAGCCGCGAGUGCUAGCGUCUGUGUACCACGCCUCUAAGACAGAAGAUGAUAUUCCAGGGUUACUGCAGCUGGACAUGACAGUCGAGAACCCAUCGAAUCAUUUCCUUACAUUUGGUCUCGGCAUGGAACCGAGUGAGGACUUUGCAUUCUCUGGUGCGAAGCAGACGACGCUGAACUUGCUUCCGCAGUCAAGACGGACGACAACCUAUCGGCUGCUGCCGCAUGUCAGUGGAGUCUGGAUACGGCCAAAACUGACAGUGCGAGACAAGUAUUUCCAGAAGGUAUUGCGCAUAAUACCAACAGAGGGGAUGAAGAUUGAUGAGGAUGGACUACUAGUAUGGGUUCCUGGAGAGGAGAAGAAGGAAGAGGAAGAAGUUGAGAAGUCAGAGGAGCAAUGA